CUGAUUAUCUCAAUAACAUCUCUUAUGCCUAUGCAAAUAAAGACCAUAUUACGUAUUACUGCCAGCAUAACAAACUUGUAGAAGCGUUCCUUUGUCAGAUGCAACGGUUUGACAGUUGGAUGUAACCGUAUGAAAUCAUUGUGAUUUCGGCAAGCGUGCGUAAUGAUCGAAGGGAAAUAAUUGGGGAUGUUGUGUAAAUAAAGUAAUUGUUUGAUAAAUUGGCGGUAGUGAUGCUAUCGUGUUGAAUGACGUCACAGAAACACCAGUAGAGCGAACUUCCUGGGUCUCUUGUUACUUCGUUGGCAGUAUUCGUGCAACAUACACGCGUCGCGAUGUGUGCUUACAUAGUAUUUUUAGUGUUUACCAUUUUUGUGACCGAUUGUACGGGCUUGACUCCGCAAUGUAGGAAUGAAAAGGGAGAGCCAGUGGAUUGGUUUUACGUGUACAAGUUGCCGAGGGAAAAAAACCAUUUAAAUCCCUUAGUACGUCGAGGGGUUGCGUAUAUGCACCUAACGCCUUCAAAACUAAGAGGAGGAUGGAUUAUGUCGGACUUGGCCAUCAGUGACCCACGGUCGAUGGUGGGAAAGACCUUAUCGCCACUUUAUCAGGAUAGAAACAUAAUUUCUCUCAUAUACAACGACCAACCGCCAGCUACGGAAAAUCAACCUGAUAUUCUGCAGUCCGUCGCGGAUAUGUACUCAAAAAGUAAAAGAGGUCAAAUGAAGCAAGCAGGAGUAAAAAAGUAUAAAAAGUUCAAACUAGGUGACAAAUACUAUGAUGAUUAUGACUUGGCUGAAAUGUGCAAAAUGCACUCUAAGUUUAUGAAGACUAGAGUCGAAAGUGGACAUACCAAAGGAGUCAUAUUGGGGGACAAGUUUACCUCACUGUGGCUUGUGCAUUCCGUGCCAAGGUUUCCGCCGCUACCAGAUAUAAUGAACGGCCUAAACGUCUCCGGUUACGACUACCCGUCCACUGGCAUGAAAUACGGCCAGUCUUUCCUCUGCGUGUCGGUCCAGACUUCCACAUUGAACCAGAUAGCUACCCAACUGAAGUACAAUGAACCCCUUCUAGUCUACACUCACAUACCCCAAGAGUUUGAAACUGAAUUGCCGAACUUAGUCGAUGUUGUCCGAAACAAGACGAUUGACGCCUCGCCGUGGUACCACAUAGAGAGUUUCGAAACCCUGGUCGGUCGGAAGUUCCUGUCCUUUGCGAAGAGUGCAAUGUUCAAUGAUGAUUUGUACAGUGGGUUGGUAGCUGAAGUGCUGCAGUCGGAUCUACUCGUUGAAUCCUGGACUAAUGGACCUGGCACGCUAGAUUCGGAGUGCAGUCGGAAUUUCCAAGUAAGAAACAUAGAGCGACUCAAGUUCCCCAUAGCCAAGAUGUCGUUCACUUCACACAAUGACCACUCGAAGUGGGCCGUGGCUGUAGCACAUAAGAUGCACAACAGUCAAGAUACCAAAGUCGCAGAUUACUGGGUCUGCGUCGGAGAUAUUAAUAGAGCGUUACCACAAGAGUCGCGGGGUGGCGGCACGGUGUGUACAUCAGGCCCCAUACUUUGGGGAAACUUCGCUCAUCUCAUAGAAUCUGUACAGACGUGGUACGUAUACAAGCCUCCGAGUAACAUUGGCGGGGACAUGAACUCUGGGGCCAACUUCUCGUACAUUACAGCGAACAUAGCUGGACGCUGGCAGGCUUCCCGUGUCCAUAUAUUUGGCAAAUCCUUGCUGAAGUACACCUUGGCUCCUAUGUAUAAAAAAGCAUAUAGAGACUAUGUGGCGUCAGUGGUUUACGAAGAACAACGGCCCACUGAGAAUUUCAAAGGAUCUGCCGCGUUUGGCGUACUGUUGGCUAACAACAUGGGAGGCGUGUGGAUAGGGCACACAGUACCUGGCUUUCCGGCUUUAACCAAGGGUAAACCGAUAUUUCCCACGCUAGAGCUACCGAAUGGGCAUAUGAUUAUGUGCCUGUCUUUAGACCUGCAGACCAUGAACUCAUUGGCUAUAGCCGUCAAGCAGACUGAGCCUAAUAUACAGAGGUUGAUCAUACCAGAAAGUUUGAAGGACCGUCUUCCAGAUUGGGUGAAUUUAUUGGGUAACGAUGAGCCCGAAGUGAAGGCGUCUAAGACUGCUGUGAGGAAAACCAAAAUAUUGCCAUUUAUGACAAAAGGAAAGAGUUUGCGUGGUAUAGUGCUAGCUCGGAGUCCCGGCGAUUCUCGUUGCCUCUACAAGAGUUUCGCGAAAACUAAAGGAAUUGUCAUGGACGUGUAUGGCCACAGGGAACAUCAGAAUGCAAUUUGUGAUAAAACGUACAGCUUACGCAAUAUCGACGCUAUAUCCCUAAAGUAUCCGGAGCACGUUUUCUACAUAGACAAUGCCACGGAUAGCAUGGGUUUCGCCGUCAGCACGGUUGGGGUGUGGCAGAGACCUGGUCGUAGUAGAGGUCAACACUGGGCCUGCUCCGGCAACGUUGAGAACCAAUCACUCAGCUCCAAAGGAGGAAUUAUUGCUUGCGUCUUCAAUUUCCAAGUGUGGCUCUCUUUUGAUAAUUUUAAAGUAAAAGAACCUGAAUGUGGAUAGUAUAUCCCAAUGAAUUAUGAUCCUGACUGAAUUACAG